AUGGCCGGACCCAGUAGGCAAGUGCCGUCGAUCGAAGACCUCGCUGCAGGUGUGGAUGAAACACUUGUCUUUGAGAGCGAUGAUGAAAUACCUCUUCUCAGUAGGGAAGUAUCUUUCUGGGAUGAUGGGACACCUAUCAUCGAUCAUCAACAGAAUGUUCGGAGCAUCGGAACAGGUGUUCAAACUAAUCAACCACUUGCUCAAGCCAAGAAAACAUCCGUUCAGGAUAAUAUACUCGCUCAGAUCAAUGAAGCACAGCUCAAAAUUGAUGCAUCACCAUUUGAGCGAGAUGCAUAUCACGUUAGUGAUAGCAUCAAACAUGUUGAAGAAGCUGCAGAGGCUUCUGAAGAAGUCACACCUUCUCCAAUGACCUUAUUAUGUGGAAAGGAUGGCUGUGAAUGUCUCAUCAAGCACCCUCGUAAACCACGUAUCCUACUUAUGGGACAGAGACAGGCUGGAAAGACAUCUAUCGUCGAAUGUGUCUUUCGGAAGUUGCCACCUGAGGAAACACUCUUCGUCGAUCCCACAGUCAAGAUGCACAAAGUCUUCGUCACGUCCUUUCUGUCAUUUAUCAUCUAUGAUGCCCCCGGUCAACUUAACUUCCUCGAACUCUCGUUCGACAUCACCGGAAUUUUCGACAACAUCGAUACAAUUAUCUGGGUCUUCGAUGCCCAAACUGUUACAGGAAACACGAACACUGCUCCUAAGUUAAGGAAUAAGGAUAAUACGAGUGAUGGGUUGUGA